CUCCCCUCUACAUUUCACGGACGUACUCAACGGGACUGGAAUUUUGAUGAAGGAAUUUGCAGAAAGCGCUACGAAAUGGCUUCUCCAACGGGAUUGAUUAGUGGAAGUUCUGAAGAAACUUUCCCAGCGGUUGAUGUUCAUGGGGAAUUGAAUCCCACCAGGGUUGAUGAUUUUCCCAUAGAUGCGGUGUCUUUCCAUGUAUCCACCGUGAAGGAUGCUAAGGAGGAAGAAGAAGCCCAGAAGAAAGAUUCUGGCUCCAAUCUGAUGUCAACAUUCAUGAUUUCUGGGGUUGCUGUUGCCCUGAUUGGAGUCGCCGCGUUCGUCGUCUCAAGGAAGUUGAGGGAGCAAUGAGCCAACCACUGUCAUCCAAUUGGAGCUUCCAUGCCCUUCAAUUUUCCUUUGCUUUUCAUUCUUCUUUUUCAAUGUAAGGAGGAGUUCCUCUCUUCUUUUUUGUUUGCUGCCAUUGUUAUCUUCUUGCAGUAAUCACAAACUAAUGCUUACAAUCUUUCACAACACAUUCAAACUUAGAA